AUGGUGAGCCUGAUUGUUCUUUACUAUGCCCUCUUCCACAGCAUCCUGGACUGUGCGCUGCAGCUUUGGGGUCAUGUAUCUGAUUGUCAAAAAGUUUUUAUAAUGCAGAAGAGAGCUGUCCGCAUCAUCACCUCCAGUGGCAUCAAAACCCUUUUACCACCUUUAGGGGAGUCAAAGAAGUGUAAUAACAAUCACAAACUUACAGAAUACUUUCCUGUUAGACGAAGUGCUAGAAGAACAAAAAAGGUAGUUUUAGAAGAAAAACAAAGACAUUUAGAAGAAGCAGUGGUUUCCAAAAGUGAAGAUGGAUUAGAAAUUCGCAUGUUUCCUGGCAAGGGUCGCGGCAUUGUCACAACUCGCAGCUUCAAUCGCGGCGAAUUUGUAGUAGAAUAUGCUGGUGAACUGAUUACUUAUGAAGAAGCAAAAAAGAGAGAACAAGUGUAUGCUAAUGAUCAAAAUACCGGCUGUUACAUGUAUUAUUUCAAACAUAAUAAUGGUCGAUAUUGUGUUGAUGCAACCCCUGAAUCUGACAGGCUAGGUAGGUUAGUUAAUCACUCACGUUUUGGUAAUUUGAUGACAAAAACUGUUGUUGUUGACAAUCAGCCUCAUCUAGUUCUUAUUGCCAAGGACGACAUACAGUCUGGCGACGAAAUUACUUAUGACUAUGGAGAUCGAAGCAAAGAAUCUUUGUAUUAUCACCCUUGGCUAGCUUCUUAGCUUUUUUAAAAUUCUUGUUAGUAAGUAGUAAGCUGUAGUUGUAUCUCAUGAUCUUGUUAUCUACAAUAAGUGUAUUAUGCUAAUUUAAUUAUUAGGAAAGCUAGGAGUAAUCAGAUAAUUACCAGGAUUUUCUUGUUAAAUAAAAAGUUUGAUAGGCAGUUGUUAUAAAAGUUGGACUGUAUAGUUUUGAAUUUUCAGAGAAUUUCAAGUAUUCUAUUGUGAAAAACACGUU